GCACCUAGUUUCAGAGUUCGAGGAUCAGAGCCAACCAUGUACAGGGGGUUUAGUCGAAGGCUGUUGGAGAUCCGUAGACAGUUGCACACGCUGUCCGGCGACGGCCCAAGCGAAAGCUUGAGGAGGAAGAUCGCGGAGUUAGAGAGGACGAGGAAGGCGAGGAAGAGCCCGGAGAAGGACCAGCUCUUUGUGGAAGUUCCCGAGUCCAAAGCCUACCUCGACACCGCCUCCAUGCCCAUGAUUCUCACUGUCGUCGGCGUUGCCCUCUUCGCUAAGAUCCUUUUUAUGUACGAUGAGUCGAAGUCGCAAGAAACGAUUGAGCGGAAAAUAAAUAAUGCGCCUGCAGGGCAAGGUACGGUUAGGAUGCUGACCCGUGAGGAGUGGGAAGAAAUUCGAGAAGUGAGACCCAGGACUCCGUUUGAAUCCAAGCUCGCUCGACCAAAUGCUCGAAUUCGAACCGAAGAACCAUUGCGCUUGGAGGAUUUGAAGGAUUGGACAAUUGAUGUGCUCACAGAUGCACUCGCCAGAGCUGAAGAAACUGUUAGACAGAGUUCCAAGUGACUUAAAAUAUCAAUGCCUGAUGUACAUAAUGAAUCUGAUAGAAACGGAAAACGGGAAAUGGGUUGCCAUGGCAUCAAAUUAGUUACCAUGCCAUCUCCUGUUGGCAUCUGUGUGGAAGCAGAUUGGGCACCAUUUUCGGAAUUCCAUAAAUAGGCUGAUUUAGGAGUGGAAUUUCAACAUUUGUAUGCACGAUACGAUGUCAAUGUUGGGAACAUAUUUAGAAAAAUUCUACAAAGAUCUUCCAAUCGCAAUAACAUCAGCUAAGCCAA